GCUGUUUAUCAUCCAGCUAACCAUACCGGGAGUUUAUUAAACGGCCUUCAGACAGUCACGCAGUCCGACUGUUCCAUUUGUGGCAAUUCCCACGUUAAAUUUCGCACCCCAAUCCUCAAAUUUUAAAGCUUUAAAAAGAAAACAGAAUUUCCUUGCCUGGUAUACCAUGGCCUCAAUCCCUACUACCCUCUCAGACACCGCUCUCGAAUCUGCCGGUAAAACGAACGAGCAAGAACCGCAUGAGCUUGGCGAGGUCGGGGUUUCUGAUCGGGCUGAGCUUAACAAGGCCAGGUCCGGCUCGUUUCACGCCCGGUCCAACUCACCCACUUCGAGGAGCCGACAGGACUCGCCGAGUCACUCCCCGAGGUUCAGCCCGAGUCGGCUCUCGAACUCUGACCGUUCCCAAGCGUCAUCUUUUUCGGAUCUCAAGUUGCUAGGGUUUCUAUGGGACCGGAAGCUGCAAUUGAAAGCUCAGCAAAAGGGGAAGAGGAAGGCUGCCAAAUCAUGGUAUAGUAGAAAGCGUGUGAAAGGGCUCGUGGCCCUAAUUGGAUUGGUGGGUUUGUUUUUCUUGGUGAAUUGGAUUAUGCUUUUGCGAUUACAGGAUCAAGCUGUUGAUUCUAAAGCUGAGAAUUCGAGUUCGGUUUCGGUCCCGCAACGUGAAGAGGAAAAAUGGAGGAAAGGUAAAGGCAAAAGACCACAGAGAGGUAUCUACGGCAGGAUGUUGGCUUUGGCUGCCCAUGCCUUGGCCGAGAGACAGAAUAAACCCGAGCCAAAAGACUUGUGGCAGGAGCCAUUUGUUCCCGCUUCUGCUUGGAGACCUUGUGCUGAACAACGGAACUGGGAACCCAGUGAUGGAAAUAAUGGACACAUUUUGGUAACUGCAAAUGGUGGGGUGAACCAACAGCGAGUUGCUGUUUGCAAUGCAGUUGUGGUCGCACGAUUACUUAAUUCAACUCUGGUUGUUCCCAGAUUUUUGUACAGUAGUGUAUGGAAAGAUAAGAGUCAAUUCAGCGAUAUCUAUCAGGAGGAGCAUUUUAUUAACUACUUGACUCCUGAUAUUCGGAUAGUGAAGGAACUUCCUAAGGAUCUGCAAUCAUUAGAUUUGGAGGCUGUUGGCAGUGUUGUGACGGAUGAAGACAUCACGAAAGAGGCCAAACCAAGUUUUUACUUAAAGAAGAUUCUCCCUAUUCUAUUUAAGAAUAGAGUCGUACAUUUUGUUGGAUUUGGGAAUCGAUUGGCAUUUGACCCAAUUCCAUUUCAGUUGCAGAGACUUCGAUGCAGAUGUAAUUUUCUUGCACUGCAAUUUGUUCCAAAAAUUCAAGAAACUGGUGCUUUGCUUCUUCAAAGGUUACGCCGGCAUGUAGGUCUCCCUGGAGCACUGGAUCGUUAUCUUAUUGGUUCAUCUGCAGCAUCAAGUAAUAAUGAAAGCAGUAGCGGUGCUAAGAAAACUUCCAAAUAUCUAGCCCUGCACCUGAGAUUUGAAAUUGACAUGGUAGCUCAUUCUUUAUGUGAAUUUGGUGGGGGUGAAGAAGAGAGGCAAGAGUUGGAAGCAUAUCGUGAAAUCCAUUUCCCUGCAUUGACACUUCUCAAGAAGACCACAAAGUUACCCUCUCCUGAAGAACUCAGGUCAGAAGGCCUUUGCCCUCUAACACCUGAGGAAGCAAUACUUAUGCUUGCUGCACUUGGUUUCAGACGCAAGACACAUAUAUUUGUGGCAGGUUCACAAAUAUAUGGGGGUCAGUCUAGGUUGGGAGCUUUGACCAGCUUGUAUCCUAAUUUGGUUACUAAAGAAAAGCUGCUUUCAUCGGCUGAACUUGAACCAUUUGUGAAUUUUUCAUCUCAGUUAGCGGCUCUGGAUUUCAUAGGCUGUACUGCUGCAAAUGCAUUUGCCAUGACUGAUUCAGGGAGUCAGUUUUCAUCUUUAGUGUCUGGAUAUCGAAUAUACUAUGGUGGAGGGAAAAUGCCAACAAUAAGACCAAAUAAACGCAGGCUUGCAGACAUCUUUUUGAAGAAUUCCACCAUAGAAUGGCGCGUGUUUGAACAGAGAGUGAGGAAGGCAGUUAGACAAACUAAACAUGUCCAGGCAAGGCCGAAGGCGAGGAGUGUUUACAGGUUUCCACGGUGUAGAGAGUGUAUGUGCAGGACCGAUUAAUGUGUUUGCUGCGGCUGGAAUAUUAAUACCAACAGUAAUAUGUGACGUUAACUGUUCAUUCUUUUGUGAUUUAUUGAGCAAUUAUGACAAAAACAUUCAAUGUACAUCACUUUUUGAAAGCUGAACUGAAGUUACAUGAUAUACAAGUUGCCGUUAUAAGCUA